AAGUGCUUAGGGCCAAGUCUGUUUGAAUUAAUUUUGUAAGAUUACUUGAGGCGCUGUAUCAAAUGCUUUGCUAGAAAUCAAGAUAUAUUACCCUGCCUGCAUUUCCUUCAUCUACCAGUCUUGUAAUUCUAUCAAAAAAGCUAUCAGGUUUGUCGGGCGUGAUUUGUUCUUUAUAAAUCCCCACGGUGCCGCGUGGGGCACAGGGCUCUGCAUUUUCUAAAUGUUUAGAGAUUCCCUCUUUGUGUUUGCUUCUUGAUUAGAGCUGGAAGGCUGUGGGAAUUGUCAGGAACGCUCAGCUCCUCCCCUCCGGGUUGUGGAAGACAGCCGGGCCCUUCCCUUCUCCAGAGGCUCUGCUGGUGUCAGCGGGUUGUUGCGGACCCACUGAGUCCCUACAGCAUGCCCCGGGCCCAAGCUGGGCACCCAGAGAGGGAUGGGAUAGAGAGGGGGUGGGGUAUGGAGUGUGGGCUGGGUGCUCUGCCUCACGGAUUCUUCAGGACAGACGAGGAAGGCGGACAGACAGACAAGCCUGACUGGUGUCGACAUUCUGAAGGUUCCUAAAGGUAGCCGUUCCCCUCUUUCCAGAGUGUUCGGAACAAGAGCCUCUCUUCCUGGGGGUCCCUUUGGAGCAGGCCUGGGCUUGGCUCAACUGAGCUGCAGCGUCGACCUUGAGGUCUGGGGUCGGCUGCACAGUCUGGUUCUGCCACCUGGGCCAGGAGACGUGGCGGCCACGGAGUGCCGGACUCGGAGUGGCCCCUCUUUGACCUUGCCCACGGAGAAGCAGCCCCAUGAAGGUGCCCAGCCAUGCAAUGUUCCUGGAAGGCCGUCCUCCUCCUCGCCCUGGCCUCCAUCGCCAUCCAGUACACGGCCAUCCGCACCUUCACCGCCAAGUCCUUCCACGCCUGCCCCACGCUGGCCGAGGCCGGGCUGGCCGAGCGGCUGUGCGAGGAGGGUCCCACAUCCGCCUACAACCUCUCGCGCCGGACCCACAUCCUCAUCCUGGCCACGACGCGCAGCGGCUCCUCCUUCGUGGGCCAGCUCCUCAACCAGCACCUGGACGUCUUCUACCUGUUUGAGCCCCUCUACCACGUCCAGAACACGCUCAUCCCCCGCUUCACCCAGAGCAAGAGCCCCACCGACCGGCGGGUCAUGCUGGGCGCCAGCCGCGACCUCCUGAGGAGCCUGUACGACUGCGACCUCCACUUCCUGGAGAACUACAUCAAGCCGCCGCCCGUCAACCACACCACCGACCGGAUCUUCCGGCGCGGGGCCAGCAGGGUCCUCUGCACCCGGCCCGUGUGCAAUCCCCCCGGGGGCGCCGACCUGGUCCUGGAGGAGGGGGACUGCGUGCGCAAGUGCGGCCUGCUGAACUUGACGGUGGCGGCCGAGGCCUGCCGCGACCGCGGCCACGUGGCCAUCAAGACGGUGCGGGUGCCCGAGGUCAACGACCUGCGGGCCCUGGUGGAGGACCCCCGCUUGAACCUGAAGGUCAUCCAGCUGGUCCGAGACCCGCGGGGCAUCCUGGCCUCCCGCAGCGAGACCUUCCGCGACACCUACCGGCUCUGGAGGCUCUGGUACGGCACAGGGAGGAAACCCUACAACCUGGACGUGACGCAGCUGACCACGGUGUGCGAGGACUUCGCCAACUCCGUGUCCACCGGCCUCACGCGGCCCCCGUGGCUCAAGGGCAAGUACAUGCUGGUGCGCUACGAGGACCUGGCCAGGAACCCCAUGAAGAAGACGGAGGAGAUCUACAGCUUCCUGGGCAUCCCCUUGGACAGGCACGUGGUCCGCUGGAUCCAGAACAACACGCAGGGCGACCCCGCCCUGGGCAAGCACAAGUACGGCACCGUGCGCAACUCCGCCGCCAUGGUGGAGAAGUGGCGCUUCCGCCUCUCGUAUGACAUUGUGGCCUUUGCCCAGAACGCCUGCCAGCAGGUGCUGGUGCAGCUGGGCUACAGGAUGGCCACCUCGGAGGAGGAGCUCAAGAACCCCUCCAUCAGCCUGGUGGAGGAGCGGGACUUCCACCCUUUCUCUUGACGCGGGCGCUGUGGGCGGGUGGGGGAGCACCCGGUAUUGGGUUUGAUAAAAUGAACCAUUUGUAACUGUUGCCUUAUUUCCCCCUCCCUCCCCUGCCCUGUCUCUGUGUCCUUCCUGCCCCUUGCCCCCCCAACUCCAGCCCUCCCCGACCUCUUUUUGUCUCUGAAAUUUGCACUAUGUCUUGGAUGGGAAUCACUGGGAUAGAGGGGGGCGUGAAGUGGGCUACAGUCCCCCCUCCCCAAUUCAGACACACGGAUAUUGGGUCUCUGUGUGGAUGGUGACAAUGUUUACAAGCACCACAGUCAACAUACAGACACACACACACACACACACACACACACACACACACACACACACAGGCACCCACGCACAGGGGAGAGGCGCCCAAUGCCACCCAACUUCUCAAGCUUUUCAAAUGGAAGUGUGGUAGGGGUAAUGUAGUUUUUGCACUUACUUCUACAAGGUAAGAGGUGAAAAACAAAACGACCACCUCUCUCUAAUUUAUGAAUGGUGUUUAGCCCUUUCCCUUUCCUUGCCUCCUGUCCCCGAUGCCCACUCCUGCCCCUGGAGCAGAGAAACUGCCCCCUCCUGCCCACCCUUGCCUGUCGGUGCACAGGUUUUUACUGUGAGGUGAACUUGGACCUUGUUAAUAUUUUCCGGUCUGUGGUGAUGCUGUCUGUCUGUCUGUCUGUCUGAGUCUUGUGGCUGCUCCUGGACCAGUGAUGGCUGGUGAAUCUUAAGGAUUUCUGAUUGAUCUUGGGGUCCAUCUGUGAUAUUUCUUUGAGCCAAAAAGAAAAAAAAAAAAAACAAAACAAGUGGAUCGGUUUGAUAAAUGAAUAUGGAAAUGCUUUGUCUGUGUUUU